AUGAUCUUCAAAGAUGACGAAUGCGUAGGUUCGUCGGAUCGAGUGUACACAUUCCUCACCAGUCGUAAGGGAGGCAUCCAUUUGGUUCACGACAGGUAUAUCUAUCGAUCGAACCUACGGCGAUGCGGCCGUAACAAAGACAUCAUCUACUGGGAAUGUGUGCACAACCGAGCGGAAAAAUGUCGCGGGCGACUGAAAAGCGUGGGCGAUCAACUGUACAUUUCAAACUGGAAUAAUUUCAAAAUUGAGUGUACGGCGGUACAAUUCGUUCGAAGUAGGAAGGGCAAACCCCUAUUGUUGUACAAAGGCCAUCAGUACACGUUGAACCGUCGACGGAAACAGCUGGGCUACUGGGAGUGCGUUCACAGGCGUUCGAAGCUGAAAAGUUGUCCCUCUCGGAUAACGACGGACAACGUUCAGAUUAAGCGUGUCAAGGGCGAACACGACCACAUGCCUCCGGAGAUGAUAGAAUAUCUAUUGGAUGACUUUCUCAUUGAACGUCUGGUGGAGCCUGAACUAAUCAAAGAGGAACCAAACAAGUUGCUGUUCGUUCGCAGUCGUUGGGGACGCAAACUACUGAUCUAUGAACGAUAUGUUUUCUUCUCCAACAAACGGGUCGAGGCGACGAAUACCACCUACUGGCGAUGUGCUUACUCGCAGGAGCUGAAGUUCAUCAAAAGCCCAUGGUCUACGCCGUGUCUGGUGAUCAAUGACUUCCUGUACAACUGUCACAGUACUAGAGGUAACAAGGUGUAUUGGCGGUGCCACAACUACUCUCGGAAGAAGAAGGAAGAACGAUGCAGGGCUAGAUGCGUGAUUGUGAAUGGCAGGCUGAGCGCUCUCACAGGAACGCAGCACAACCACGAUCCACACACGGAGAAAAUAGCCAAGAUUAGUCGACGUAACAAUAUGGUUGAUGAAGUACUAGAUGCAGCCAGGGCGGAUCCACCGCCGAGCUAUCUCACUAGUGGGCUUUACAGUUCAAGCUUUUUAUCCGGAGGUUCUACUUUGCUGGACAGCGGCUCCCCGGAUAUCGUUUUAGAUUUUACCCCUGACGAUGCCGCCGAGUGCCGGACGUUCAUCAGAAGCCAGCGUGGGGCUCCUCUGUUGGCCCUUGACAAUUUUAUCUACCGGUGCGAACGGGUUCGAAAAACGCGCUCCUAUUGGUUGUGCAUCCGUUACAAGAGCUCCAAGUGCAAUGGUCGCGUGAUCUGCCAGGGCAACAAGAUUCUCAAGGUCACACAUCACUGCCACGUGAACGACGAGCAGCGCAUCAACUCGUCGAUUCUAGAGGAAACGGAUCUGUCCAGCAUCAAUUUAGAGGCGUGGUACAAGCAGACCAUGAUGCACAAGAAGCAUGAGUCGAAGCGAAAAUAA